ACUACUCUGCAUCACUACCAACUGCGAAAAUAUUUGAUUUUCCAUUGAUACGAUAAAUGGCUGGGAAAAGCGAAGAAAAUAAGGAAGGAAGAAGAGGAAGGGCGUGUGUGGUGGUUUUGGGCGACAUUGGACGCAGCCCUCGAAUGCAGUAUCACGCUCUUUCACUCGCCAAACAGGCUUCCCUGAAGGUAGACAUUGUUGCAUAUGGAGGUUCGGAGCCCCAUGCUGCACUUCGUGACAACCCAUCUAUUGAUUUUUACAUAAUGAAGCAAUGGCCAACAGCCCGGCAAAGCUUACCGAAGAUACUUCAACCCAUAAUGCUUUUGUUGAAGCCCUUGGUUCAAUUUUUCAUGCUUCUUUGGUUCCUUUGUGUAAAAAUAAGUUCUCCUGAUAUUUUUAUUGUCCAG